AUUUUAUCAACAGCAAUAAAAUAAUAGUCUACAUUUUUUUUUUCUUUUUUCAAGUAAUCUUCUUUCCUUAUUAAAUAAUGUCAAGUUCAAUUACUUACGCAGAGCCUAAAGAAGUUGAACUCUUAAUUCGAGACAAGUCCAAGUUACCCGGUAGAGAUUAUGCUAUUAUAGAUGUUCGUGGUGACGAUUAUAGAGGAGGAAAUAUUCCUGGUGCUAUUAAUGUGCCAGCAAAUGAAAUGUAUGAUAAAGUGAAUAACCUUAUUACUGAAUAUUCCAAAGUUCCCAUCAUUUAUUUUCAUUGUGCACUUUCACAAGUGAGAGGUCCUAAAUCAGCACGUAUUUAUAUGGAAACUUUAAAGAAUUUAAACAAAAAUUGUGAUCAAAAAGUUAAAGUUUUACGAAAUGGAUUCGAAGGUUGGCAUGCCAAAUAUAGAAAAGAGAAAGAUCUGAUUGAAAAUUAUGAUGAAUCUGUUUGGUUAUGGGCUAUUGAAGACGAUAAAUAGAAAGAAAGAUUAUAUUUACAAUAUUUUUAUU